GAGAGGGUGAAGCAAAGCUGGGGACGAGUUGGUUCUGGGGGGGGGGGGAGAGUCGGAGAAGGGUAUCAGUCAAGUUUUUGUCUAUCUGCUCGCCCCCAAACCUAUCGGGCAUGUUAGCAGGCGGAGGAACAGGGAACUGUUUCUCUCCCUGCCGACGGAAGAGAUUUGUCCGUGCGUAGCGUCACGACGGGCAGCGCUUCUCCUGAAAGUGUUGUUAGCAAUCCGACGUUAGCUUCCAAUGCUAACUGCUGCUAGUGCCCACAACUUGUCAACAGUCAGCCGUGGACGGGACUCGUUACGCCGGUGGCGGCUCUGUAUUUUUUGUUUCUUUCAACCCCGGUGGUAUUUUCUCGUGGCCUGAGACGUCUAAACCAGCGAGCACCGCUGAGGAAGGGGAGCUAUGCAGGCUACAUGACAAGAGGACAACCGCUGGAUCAGCCUGAAAAGAAACCAUGGAUGGCUUUGAGAAACCUGCCAUCAAGAAGGAUGAAGGGAUAAAUGGCUGUAGUGAGCCAAAUUCCCCCAAGAAAACAGCUCCAGUUAAAUGGACAGUACUAGAAGGGGAGUCUGGAGCCUCAGACUCUGGUGGGGGGAUAAGUGAACUGAAGGCACCCAACCUGCAAGACCUGAAAGCCACAGAUGGAUCCGAGGAUGAGGAGAGGGAUGCUUCACCUUCAUCCAGAGGCCCAAAUGGGGACCAGCACGAUGUAGAGAAAGAGGUUCAGGGGCAGGAUGUGAACAAUCAUAGCAGGAAAGACAACCGCAAAGGUUCUACAAACUACACAGACCUGUCCCAUACCUCAACUCCCUCGCUGUCAGAACAGUUGCGUCUUGGCCGAGAUGACAGCACAGGGAGUGGAAUCAGUGUGGAGUGCAAGAUCUGUGGAGACAAGGCCUCUGGCUACCACUAUGGUGUCCAUGCGUGUGAGGGCUGCAAGGGCUUUUUUCGGCGGACCAUCAGAAUGAAACUGGAGUAUGAGCGCUGCGAGCGCACUUGCAGGAUUCAGAAGAAGAAUCGGAAUAAGUGCCAAUACUGUCGCUUCCAGAAGUGCCUGUCUUUGGGAAUGUCCCAUGAUGCAAUCAGAUAUGGACGUAUGCCAGAGGCAGAGAGGAAGAAGCUAGUGGCAGGCCUGCUGGCAGAGGAGCUGAACCUCUCAAAGCCCGGUGGUUCAGACUUGAAGAGCCUGGCCAAGAGUGUCAACACAGCCUACCAGAAGACCCUCAGCAUGACCAAAAAAAAGGCUCGUAGCAUUCUAACUGGGAAGACCAGCAGCUCCUCGCCCUUUGUGAUCUACGAUAUGGACACACUCUGGCAGGCGGAAAGUGGUUUAGUAUGGAGCCAGUUGGUUCCAGGUGCACCCUUAACCAAGGAGAUUGGAGUCCAUGUGUUUUACCGCUGUCAGUGCACCACCGUGGAGACUGUGCGAGAGCUCACGGAGUUUGCCAAGAGCAUUCCAGGGUUUGUAGACCUUUUCCUCAAUGACCAGGUAACUUUACUGAAGUAUGGGGUGCACGAGGCCAUUUUUGCCAUGCUCCCCUCUCUCAUGAACAAAGAUGGACUGUUGGUGGCCAAUGGAAAAGGUUUUGUGACCAGGGAGUUUCUGCGGAGUUUGAGAAGUCCCUUCAAUGAGAUCAUGGAACCGAAAUUUGAGUUUGCUGUCAAAUUCAAUGCCCUGGAGCUCGACGACAGCGACCUGGCCCUCUUUGUUGCUGCCAUUAUUCUCUGUGGAGACCGUCCGGGGCUAAUAAACGUGAAGCAGGUGGAGCAGAGUCAAGACAACAUUCUACAGGCCCUGGACCAGCACCUCCAGGCCAACCACUCAGAUUCUCUUUACCUCUUUCCUAAGCUGCUGCAGAAGAUGGCUGACCUCCGGCAGCUGGUCACUGAAAAUGUCCAGCUGGUUCAGAAGAUCAAAAAGACAGAGUCUGAAACCUCACUGCACCCUCUGUUACAGGAGAUCUACAAGGACAUGUAUUAGUGCUUUAUAGCGCAGACUGGUUUUAGCAAUACAGUUACAGACUUAAUUGAUAUUUCUACUAUACGCUGCAUUCUGUACAAGCACUGCUUCGCACACAUGAAUUUGUGUGUAUGCAGAAAGUUUGAAUACUUAAGUUACAUGGUAGACUUAACACAAAUGGCAAAGACCUUGUGAUGUCACAGUUCCCUACACCGUGGUCCUGUAAAUGAUUAGUGUCUGGAAUCAUGUGUGGCAUGUCCCUUCUUUCGACAACGGUCACUGAACUGUUUGAUGUUUUUAAAAAGGUUCUGGGGUCGGGUUUCCUUAGAACACUGGCUCCUGGGUGCUGCUGUUGUGACAUACAAACAACAAAGCUAACCCUACAUGGCUAACCCUAAGAAGGACUUGACCUCCCUUUCUUGUGUGUUUUGCUGUAAAGGGAAAACUGUUCCUGUUCUGACAUAUAUGGUCUCAGUGAAAUAGAGAAAAGCAGUCAGUUUGCACUGUGUGAUGAAUCCAUGAUGAAGCCAGGGUGUUAUGUGUUCGUUUUCAUGCUUUUGUGAUUAAGCUUUGUAUGCACAAUUUUUGUUUACAUCAUAAUCACAUACCUUUUAUAAGGUUAAUUUAUGCUUGGUCAUGUGACACUUUUGACAGGCGUGACAGAUUUUAUGACAACAAACUACCAGCUCAAAACUGUUAUUUAUUGACAUAUGUCAAGAAUCUUGUUUUGUUGCAAACAUGGUCGUGGUUGUGACACAGUUUGGCUGGCAAGCUAAUAUAGACUGCCAAAAUGAAUACUAUUUUGGAUCAAGUCUUAUUGCCAUUGAGACUUCAGAACCCUUGAUGCUGACAGAAAUGCUAUAUGUUGCUCAGUUUCCCGAGCAUAAAUUAACCUGGAUAAACAAACUAUUGUCAGCAUUUAACAAGCAAUUGAUCACAAACUGGGCUGGCUCCAGCAGUGUAGAGCUCUCUCAUUAUGACUACAUCUGUGUAAUAUCCUUUCACUUUGUAAUUAUUUGCGAGAAUAUGUUCCUGACCGAAGUCAGAGGAAGGAAGUUAAGAGCAUCAGCCCAAGUGUUAACUGUAAUGAACAGAUCGUGCUGCACAGUUAUAGUUUUCCAAACCUAAUGACAUUAUAAAUACUUGUUGCUCGAGAAGGGGACAUGUUUUUAGCUAAACAAAUAAUCGUGAACUUUAAAGGUUUCUCAAAUUUUCUUCUUUGUAACUAUUUUACUAAUUAAUUGUAAUUAUUGAAAUGAUGCCGUCUGUAAGAGCAAAACUGAAUUAUCAUUGUUUUUCUAUACUGAGUACAAGUUUUCUUUUAUAUUGCAUGUUUGUAGAUUUGCACCUAAUAGAUCAAGUAUAAAAAAUAACUUUUGAAGAUAUGAAAUUGGCAUACAUUGUCAGUAGACAGACCAAGAGCGGUGUACCAUCAUCGCUGGUUUUUAAUUCUAGAAAACCAAUGAAGAUGAGAGAUCAGUUUCUAGACUUUUCUGUCACAGCUUACUAAAAAACCUCUUAUUUUUAGUUUGGGCAUAGAGACUGAAGUCAUUAAUGUCAGUAUACUACAAAUCUGUAGUUUGGAGAGUCUUAAAAUCAAUAUGCAAGAUCUUGAGUCCAAAAGCAAACAUUUCACCCCUAUUUCUAUUUGCUUUCUAUUUCCUGUUUCUAUUUCCUGUUUCUAUUUGCUUUACAGCAAAUUAUUAUUAUUUACAGCGAUUUAUUUGCUGUUUCUAUUUGCUUUCUAUUUCCUAUUUCUAUUUGCUUUACAGUUUCUUUUUGUACUGGGUGAACUUGAUUGGUUAUUGUGAAAACAAGCUCUACAUUGAUGAGUUAAAUGGAAAGCUUCCUCUUGUUUUCUAUUCAUUGGUCUUACUACCUCUAUAUGGUAUAUGUUGCCUCACUCAGUGGCAUUAUGCUUCCAUAUGAUCAUAUUUCUGACAGUUUUGCCUUAACUACUGUACUGCUAGAAGUACACAUUGCAAAUUUAUUAUUGAUGUACAAUGGUCCGAGCAAAGUGUGUGGGGGAAAAAUGAAAAGGAGCAUACAUCUUGAUGUUAAACUACCUCUGCUACAGUGAAAGUAAUCGAUUCACUGAUAAUUCAUGAAACUGUCCGUAAUCUCUGAGAAUAUCUUGUCGUGAACCACGUGUGACCUAUCUGUAACCCGAGUAGUCAAGUUAAAACCUACGAGAACAAUAACUGCGUGAUUUCAUUUUCCCUGUUUUGCUAAUAAGUAUUUGGAUUUCUCUGUGCUGCAUUUUUUUCUCCAUAUUUAAACCAUAUAGGCUAUAUUUCUUGAUCACCCACCACUUUAAAUUGAGGGCAUGGGAACAAAGCGGAGUUGGGAGAUUUUGCAGAGAGAUGGAUGA